AUGAUAAAUUUUUGUGGACUUGGAAUACUAACUUCAUCAGUGAUCAUUGACAUUUCUAAUUCGCUUGCAGUCGAUGAGGAUAUUUCCAUGGAAGGAGUUGUUUCUAUUGAGAGAUCUGUUUCGAUGGAAGAAGCUGUUUCGGUGGAAGAAGUUGUUUCCGUGGAAGAAGCUGUUUCGGUGGAAGAAGUUGUUUCUGUGGAAGAAGCUGUUUCGGUGGAAGAAGUUGUUUCUGUGGAAGAAGCUGUUUCGGUAGAAGAAGCUGUUUCCGUGGAAGAAGCUGUUUCGGUGGAAGAAGCUGUUUCUAUGGAAGAAACUGUUGACAUCGUAGAAUUUGGUGAAUUGAGUGUUGCUAACGUGGAAGAAACAGUUGAUGUGGUUUCAUCUGCAAAUCAAAUCAUUGCUCUACAGAAAAACACUUUGAUAAGCUUAUCAAAAAUUUAUAUCUUAACAAGUUAUUUUGGUACUAUUCAUAAAUGGCCACUACCACAGCAUGCUCAAAUUGAACUUACCCUCUUGGCCCAGUACAAUAAUUGA